AUGUCUCCAUUGCCAUCGCCCGGAAAUACCCUGUUCGAUAAUGGCCCGCAAAUGCGCCAGCCUUCUAUCUCCUUUCUCUAUCGACUUGAAUGCGAUAUUGCGAAAGAGGAAAUCAACAUCGGCGCACCUCACGAUGCAGGCGUUAUACGCAAUAUAGCCAAUAUUGUACGAGGCAGUCUCAAAGGACCUGGUAUUGAAGGUACCGUUCUUCCUCUAGGAGGAGCGGACUGGGCGACCGUCGUGAAGGGGACACAUUCCAUGACACUGGAUGCUCGGUACACAGUCCGCACCUCUGAUAAUCACCAUAUCUACAUUCGCGCACAUGGACUCUAUCGGCCCGGCCCUGACACGGAAUAUGCAAGGAAGGUCGACGCAGACCCGAUGAUGGUUCCACCAGCCACGGUUUCACAGGAUGAUGUGGAAUUCUUUUCCCAUCUGAGACUUGAGGCUGGUCCAGGUCCAUACAACUGGCUCAAUGGACUCGUAUGUCUUGGUGUUAUGACUUGCGAGGGCGAGAGAAUCUGGAUAGACGCAUACCACUUGACCAACUUUCCUGGAAAGACACCAGAGAACGUUAUGGCGAAAGUAUAG